GUAACAGAUUCGCAGUAUAUAAAGCCAAAAAGGACUGAAGAACCCUAAUCUUUUCUCUCUUAUCUCAACAAGCCCUCUUCUCAUCUUCGCUCCCUCGAAAUCCCCCAUUUUUGAUUCUCAUCGAUCUGUUUGAUUGCAGAGAAACGGAUAGUUGACGCUCAAUCUCAAGCCUUCUGCUCAUAAUCGGUGCCUCACAAACCCUAAUUUUUACUCUCAUCUGUCUGGAAUUGAUUUUUUUGGUUGCAGAGAAUCAGAUAUUGGUAAACAUAGAGGACGAUUAGGUUUUGCAUGGUGGAGAUUCAAACAGAAGAGAUGGUGGAGGAGAGAGGACAGACAAGGAAACGACGUCGUCUUACCUGGGACGUCGCGCCCUCCGAUCGACCAGAGGCUCAGGGUGAUGUUCGGCCUCCUGUGUUGCGUCGUCAUGUCUCACCGCCAAAGAGGAACGAUGAUAAGGAGGGUCAUUACGUGUUCAGUCUCGGGGAGAAUCUAACCUCAAGAUAUAAAAUACUCGGCAAGAUGGGUGAAGGUUAGCUGUCAAGUGCCUGCUGUCUGCAAAAUCUUAUAUUUUUGACAUUCUUCUUGUAUCAAAUCAGCAAAUUGCUAGUGCUGUAGGCACAUUUGGCCGAGUUUUGGAAUGUUGGGACCGUCAAACACGAGAAUAUGUGGCAGUCAAAGUUGUUCGAAGCAUUCGCAAAUACCGUGAUGCAGCAAUGAUUGAAGUUGAUGUACUUAAACAUAUUGCUAAGAAUGAUAGAGGCGGGUCACAUUGUGUGCAGAUUCGAACUUGGUUUGAUUAUCGCAAUCAUAUAUGUAUUGUGUUUGAGAAGCUUGGACCAAGUUUAUAUGAUUUUCUAAAGAGAAAUAGAUACGGCCCAUUUCCUGUGGAUCUUGUUGGGGAAUUUGGACGUCAGCUUUUGGAAUCUGUAGCAUAUAUGCAUGAUUUACGGUUAAUUCACACUGACCUGAAGCCUGAAAAUAUACUUCUUGUGUCUUCUGAGUUUGUAAAGCUUCCUGUCUGCAAGAGGAUUGCUUCAGAUGAAACACAUUUCAGGUGCUUGCCAAAGUCAAGUGCCAUUAAGCUGAUUGAUUUUGGUAGUACUGCAUAUGAUAAUCAGAAUCAUAGCUCCAUUGUUUCCACAAGGCAUUACAGAGCACCUGAGGUUAUUCUAGGUCUAGGAUGGAGUUUUCCAUGUGAUCUAUGGAGUGUUGGUUGUAUACUUGUUGAACUUUGCUCAGGUGACAUGUUGUUUCAGACACACGAGAACUUGGAGCAUUUGGCAAUGAUGGAGAGAGUAUUGGGACCACUGCCAGAGCAUAUGAUUCGAAGCACCAACCAGGGUACUGAGAAGUACUUCAGGCAAUCUCGAUUGAAUUGGCCUGAAGGAGCAGUUUCAAGGGAGAGUAUCAGAGCAGUGAAGAAACUAGACCCUUUGAAGAUCUUGAUUCCACAACAAGUAGAGAGCUCAAGAUCCUCCUUGAUUGACUUGCUCUACGGUUUGCUAAAGUUUGAUCCAUCGGAACGUCUUACAGCUCGACAAGCUCUUGAUCACCCCUUCUUUAAGAAUUCAACUUGAAAACAAGCUCCUGGCAAAAUAUAUGUUUCAACAUGUUGGUCCUAUAUGUGUGAUUUUGAAUAGCUAGGCUCAAGCUAUGGGCCUGACCACCGGCAUGUAUUGUACAGUAGUAUCUUAAUGCAAUGUUUACUUCUAUUGCCAAGUCUUUUUUUGUGCUUCGGAAAUGUUAAAAUAGAACAUGAUUGGGA